AAACCGCGUCAAAGGUGGCAUUGGGCAGCUCCAAAAAGUUGCAAUAUUCAAAGUCUCCUCCUUUGAAACAUCCACUCCCCAAAAUUUCUCCUUCACCAUUUUGCCCCUCGUUUUCUUCCCUUUCAUCUUCAAAUUCUUGCUGCAUUUCUCCCAUUUUCAUUUCCUCCAUACAUUUUCUUGAAGAGGGAGUUGGGAGUUUGCACGCCACAGUAAAAAAAAAAAAAUUGAAUCUUGGUGUUUGAAACUCUACCAAGAAAGGAUUUUUAUUUUGGGUUUUUGAUUCUGGGAUUACCCUUCUCGAUUCCUCGUCAAUUUCAAAAAGUUUCUGGUGUUUCUCUAGCUCUAUCUCUCUCUCAUGGUGUCGAAGUGUUUUCAAGCUGUGUUGUGCUUGUGUUUACUCAUCCAUGGCUUUUCAUCAGCUAAUGGAGGUGGGAAUUCUAAUUCCUCCACUUUCACAGCCAUGGAAAUCCCCAGCUUCAAUGCCGCCGCCGCCGCCGAUGAAUCGGAUUGCUCCUUCCCGAAGCCAAAUUCAGACAAAACCUUGCUUCUUGAUGAUGGUGUUGUCAAGGUCGAUGAUUUUAAGGUUAGACCAACCGUUGUACUGAACAUGAAGCACCGCCACGUCGGAGCUAAGCCGGCGGACUGCGUCGCGGAGUCGACGGCGAAGGAUUUGAAUCGAAUUCAGACAUUCCAAACAAGAAUAACCGAGAAGAAGAACCAAAAUUUGCCUUCAAGAAUCAAGAAAAAUGGUGAUCGCCGCCGUUCUCCGCAGUCCGCCGCCGCGCCGGAGGUGAGCUCCGGCGGCGGAGGAGGAGGGAAGCUGGUGGCGACGCUGGAGUCCGGGGUGAGCCUCGGCUCCGGCGAGUACUUCAUGGAUGUGUUCAUUGGCACACCUCCUAAACACUUCUCAUUGAUUCUUGACACCGGCUCUGAUCUCAACUGGAUUCAAUGUGUUCCUUGCUUGGAUUGCUUCGAGCAAAACGGUGCGUUUUACGACCCGAACGAGUCGACUUCGUAUCGGAAUGUGAGCUGCGAUGACCCCCUUUGUAAGCUGGUUUCCUCUCCUGAGCCCCCUCAGGCUUGCAGGGGUGGGAACCAGAGCUGCCCUUACUACUAUUGGUAUGGUGAUAGCUCCAACACGACGGGGGACUUCGCGUUGGAGACGUUCACGGUGAACAUGACGUCGUUUUCCAAGGAUUUGGAGUUUAGGAAGGUGGAGAAUGUGAUGUUUGGGUGUGGGCAUUGGAACAGGGGGUUGUUCCAUGGCGCGGCCGGGUUGCUAGGGUUGGGCCGGGGCCCCUUGUCGUUCGCGUCUCAGCUGCAGUCGUUGUACGGCCACUCGUUCUCGUAUUGCUUGGUCGAUAGGAAUAGCAAUGCUAGUGUGAGUAGCAAGCUCAUCUUUGGUGAGGACGAGGAGUUGUUGAGGCAUCCGGAGUUGAACUUCACCGCGUUGUUGGGCGGGAGGGAGAAUCCGGUCGACACGUUCUACUACGUGGGGAUUAGGUCGAUUGUGGUCGAAGGGGAGGUGUUGGGGAUCCCGGAGGAGACGUGGGGGCUCUCCCCGGACGGGAGUGGUGGCACCAUCAUAGACUCGGGCACGACCCUCAGCUACUUUGCUGAGCCGGCCUAUAGGAUGAUCAAGGAGGCGAUUGUGGAGAGGAUGAGCCGGUACCCGGUCGUGGAGGAUUUCCCGAUCCUUGAUCCGUGUUACAACGUGUCCGGUGUGGAGGAGCCCUACUUGCCCUCGUUUGGCAUCGUGUUCAUGGAUGGAGCCGUGUGGAACUUCCCGCCCGGGAACUACUUCAUUAGGCUCGACCCCGAUGAUAUCGUGUGUCUAGCCAUCCUCGGGACCCCUCGGUCGGGUUUAUCGAUCAUCGGCAACUACCAACAACAGAACUUCCAUAUCUUGUAUGAUACUAAGGAGUCUAGGCUUGGAUUUGCUCCAACUAAGUGUGCUGAGAUGUAGGAGUGUGUGUGUGUGUUGUUUUGUAUAGUUUUAGAGUUGUUUUUGGUGGGAAACUGUAAACAUUAUGGGAUGGAGGGAAUACUAAUGCCUAGAGGUGCCAUGAUGCAAUAAUUUGUCAUGAUGUUUAGGGCUUUUAGAUCAUUCAUAUAUUAUAUAAUAUUGAUUAAUGCAAUUGUUGGUAUUGAUCUUGGA